AUGAAGAAGGGUAUGAGGCGGGCGAUGAGGAAGAAGAAAGCGACUUUAGCGAACAUCAUUGCAGUUUGGAUUGUGGUAUCACUCUCGGCAUCUGCCUCAGAAAACCCCUCAGACGCCCAGACAGACGACCAAGCAGCCGAUUCCAUAAACGAUCAAAGAAACGAUAAAUCGCGCAAUGAAACAGCGGAUGGAUCGCACAAUGAAACAGCCGAUGGAUCGCACAAUGAAACAGCGGAUGGAUCGCACGAUGAUACAGCCGAUGGAUCGCACAAUGAAACAGCCGAUGGAUUGCACGAUGAUACAGCCGAUGGAUCGCACAAUGAAACAGCCGAUGGAUCGCACAAUGAAACAGCGGAUGGAUCGCACGAUGAUACAGCCGAUGGAUCGCACAAUGAAACAGCCGAUGGAUUGCACGAUGAUACAGCCGAUGGAUCGCACAAUGAAACAGCCGAUGGAUUGCACGAUGAUACAGCCGAUGGAUCGCACAAUGAAACAGCCGAUGGAUCGCACAAUGAAACACCCGAUGGAUCGCACAAUGAAACACCCGAUGGAUCACACAAUGAAACACCCGAUGGAUCGCACAAUGAAACACCCGAUGGAUCGCACGAUGAAACACCCGAUGGAUCGCACAAUGGAACACCCGACGAAUCGCAAGAUCAACCGAUCGGCCGUACGGUUGUUCUCAUGUCAAGUGACGAUCGCAUUGUGAUUUUUGGGAAAGCACGUGAUGACGAGUCUCUAGAGUUCAUCACCUAUCAUGCUUUCACGGUAUCAGGCAAACCGAGGCGUAAUCUGUACUGGGUGGACAACGAUAGCCAAUCCCUGAAAUCCCUGAACCUCUCUCAACCCGGAUCUAACGUCACGGAAUUGUACCGUCUAAAUGUUCUCAGACCCUCCGGUAUAGCUUUACACGGAGGGCAUUUCUUUGCGUUGCAUGGUAAUUCUGUGAUACAGUAUCAGCUCGAUACACUAGAUGAUGAAGUUCGCUUUGAUGUGACCGCCUGGUCCCUAGAUGGAGCCCCUUCUCAAAUAAGAAUGAAGAGGGCAAAAGGAUUGUUUGUCAGACGGUUUUAG